UACUUCUUUCAAUAACUUCCAUUAUUUGAACACUCCAGGAAGCCUCUCGGAUUUAUUCGUGUUCAAGCAUGGCGGAAGAGGACGAAGGAUUGGUAUCACCGGUACUAAAAAGAAACCUUUCCUGCACUGAACGUUUCGACGAACUAUGGUUUUGUUACUCUCCUGUUUAUCAGAUGAAACAAUAUUAUAGGUAUGGAACAUUUGACACUUGCUUUGAGAAGUGGAGUGCUGUCUUUGAUUGCCUUCGUCUCAAAACGAAGCGUAAACAUGAAGUGCAAAAAAUCUUAGAAGCACGAGAGAGGGAUCAGCCACCACACAUUUGGAAAAUGCGAACUUUUGAGGAAGCUUCAGCAAACUGGAAUUCAAUGUAUGGUCAUUUAAAUGAAUAUGAAUGAGAAUGAAUCUUCACAUAAUUUAAUGAGGAAAUUGUGUUAUAUUCAAACAUGGUUGGACUUGGUUAUUAUAUCUAAAAUUGAGGAAUUUGCUAAUUGUUAGAGAAUCAAUUCCUUAUAAUGCUAGUGAUGUAUUGCAAAUGCAAUUUGUGCACUUAUGACUUAUUUGUUUUUUUGUCAAGAGCAACUCACUCAAAUUUACCAAAAUAUUUCUGUGUUGUUUCUCGUUCUAUCUAUUACAACUGCUAUUCCUCUUUCCCUUGUUCCUCCAAGCCUCAAGUUAUAAGCUAUGAGAUUGGAGUUUGGUGUAAUAAUUCAGCAAUACAUUGAUAGGGAUUUUUUGUCCUAUUUUGCCAAAUGACAACAAAUAAA